UCGCAGUCCCCCUCUCGCCGCUCCCCGUCUUAUCCCCGCUCCGCUCCACCUGCGCCCCACACGCACAGAGCCACGCUACUCUCCCCACCCAGAUUCCACCAUUUCACGCCCCCGCCUCCACUUCGCCUUCGCCUCGCCGCGCCGCCGCCGUCUAGCCCUUCCGCGUAGGCCCAGGCGGCCGGGCCGGCGGGAAGCGGCGGCGAGCUCCUCCCCUCUGAUGGCGCCGCAGCUGCAGGGCUGCUACGCGGUCUCGUCCUGGCCCCGGCUCCCGCGGCUGCCCCCGUGGCCCUGCGCCUCCCACGCGCAGCGGCGGCGGGUGCUGCGCCUCCUGCCGCCGCGGCGCCGCUGCGCCGGUGCGGUCCGGGUGGUCGCGGAGGCUGGCCCGGCCCUGGCAAUAGACCGCGUCGCGGAGGAGGCGGACGUGCGGUUUCCGGGGGAUGUGGAGGGGGUUCCGGGCCAGCAGCAGCAGCGGGAGGAGGAGGAGGAUGCAGUGGAUGAGAGGGAGAGGUUGAGGCGGAUGCGGAUCUCGAAGGCGAACAAGGGGAACACGCCGUGGAACAAGGGCAGGAAGCACACCCCAGAGACGCUGCAGAGGAUUCGGGAGAGAACCAGGAUUGCGAUGCAGGAUCCCAAGGUUAAGAAAAAGUUGAUGCAUCUGGGACAUGCACAGAGCGAAGAGACAAGAAUAAAGAUAUCCAUGGGAGUGAGGCGAGGAUGGAACUUGCGUUUACAGAAAUUAAUGAUCCAGGAUGGUUGCUUUGUGGAGUGGAGAGACAUGAUAGCAGAUGCUGCUAGGAAGGGCUUUGCUGGUGGAAUAUCCCUACAAUGGAAUUCAUAUAAAAUCUUGACUGAGCAGAUGCGGCAGGAGUGGUUGGAAAAAGUCCAGAAAAGAAGAUCAAUGCCUCGGCCAACAGGUAAUCGACGAGCACCAAAAUCUCCAGAGCAGCGGAGAAAAAUUGCAGAAGCCAUUGCUGCGAAGUGGCUAGAUAAGGAAUACCGUGAACGUGUAUGCAGUGGAAUUGCUAGCUACCAUGGAACAUCUUCUGGAACUAAAGUACCACGAAAGCCAAGAUCUGCCAGAGAACCUGGUUCAAAGAGAGAUACUGUGAAAAAGAAACCUAUUCAAUCCAGAUCAGCUGGAUUGGAGGAUGCAUGUGGAACGACUCCCACAGUUAAGAGAAAGAAAAGUGCAACUCCUUACAAAGAUCCAAUGGCUGGUGAAAAACUAGAGAUGAUAACAAAGAUUCGAGCUCAAAGGGCAGCCCUAGAAAUAGAAAAGAAAGAAGCUAUUAAAAGGGCUAGGUCACUGAUUGCAGAAGCUGAGAAGGCUGCAAAUGCUCUGGAGACUGUUGCUUCCACAAGCCCUUUUGCUCAAGCAUCACUUAUAGAAGCUAGAAAGCUUGUUACAGAGGCUAGAUUAUCACUUCAACACGUUGAUGAUGAAGGGCCUGCAGAUAGUGCUUCUGAUGAUGCAUCACAAGACUCAGGUGCGUCUGAUUUGCACAAUCACGACAUGGCAAAUCAAAAUGACGUGAUCAAGCAAGAGAAUAAACCAGUCAAUGGGAUGGAGCUUCCUCCAAGCAAUGUUAAUGGCAGAGAUUUCUAUUUUGACGUGUCGACUCUCACUGAAACAGAUCACCUUAGAGAUUAUCAGAGAAUAGAAAAUUCUAUGGAAAGAGCCUAUCUGCUUCCUUCCGCUUCUUCAGCUAUUCAAGACGUGAACGAAAAUCACAGGAUGAAAGAUUUUAACGCACAUCAAUUAAUGGUUAAUGAUGAAUCAAUAACAAUUGACCAAAUUGCAUCUGAAGUAGCAGAAAUUUAUCCUGACGAGCCACAGGAGGAUGACACGCUACCUGUGCAGAAGUCUAAAAUGAGGUGGGUACGUGGGCGACUAGUUGAAGUGGAAGAAUAAACAGUUACCAGAAUUAUAUUGGUUGACUAAACUGUUCAAGAUAUCAUUAUCUUGCAUUCCGCUUCUGCUUUGAUUACUGUUGGUAUGGACCAAAAUGGGAAAUGAUUGCUGAUCUUGGCACGUAUUCAUGGUGCAUUCAACCAUGGGAAUUAGUCGGGAAUACGCCAUGACAGAGCCUAUUAUAUUCUGAGGUGAGAUGCUUGUAAUUAGUAGUUGCCAACUUUAGAUAUUUUCCUCUUCUUGAAUGUAGUCAGGUUAGCCAAACUGAAAUCCUAAAAUCACGGUGUGGUGGAUGCAUUUAUCUUGUAUUAGAACAUUUUGUAGCUGUCAGAUUGAGGUCCUACGGAUAGCCCUAACACAGAUUUCAUUAAGUCAAAUCAUACGAGGUUGUCUUGUAAGAUAAGUCAAAUCAUACGAGGUCGUCUUGUAAGAUAUUCUGUAGCUAUCAUUUUUUUUCUAGGUUAUCUUGUACCUGAGUUCAUUUGUGAACUUGUAUCGAGAGAACUACUGUUUCUGGCUUUCUGCUUUGUGCCAUCGGCAACACA